AUGCCUGGGGACCGACGGGCGCGGCCGGACCUCCGCCCUGGGAAAAGUUGGAGGUCGACUAUUCGUGGGGUCACGGCCCCCGGGAGCAGGUUCGGGGUGACGAGGGUUCCAGCGCCUCAGAAGCCUCCACCUUCCACCGGACGAGAUACCUACCCCCAACACGCGCAGCUCCUUCCAAAACCCUCAGGCCCGCGCCUCGCCCACCUAGGCUGGGUGGGCGAGUACCAGCGUCCGUCCGUCCGGCGCUCCGGUUGCACUUUGCAGCCUCGGCAGCACUGCGCCUGCGCGGGGUUGCCGCCGGGGCGAGCCUUCGCCUUGGAAGGGGGCGAGCGGACACCCCCGCCCUGCGAUGGAGCCGUCCGUUGCCAUGGAGCUACCCGCUCCAAACCGAGCCGCCAGCAGACUCAGAGGAGCUUCUCCGCCCAGAUCCUGCGCUGGUCCGACCCAGUGGGGCCACUGACAGGCCCCUUCCCCGCCGGUUUCAAGGACCCCCGCGUGCAGGUGCAGCCUGGGUUCCAGGCUCCGUGCAGGUUCCGGGCGGACUUGGCUAUGCUGUCCUUGCAAAUCUAG